UGCCUGGAGGGAACAGGGCGCUUGCAAAAGGCCGGGGGAAGCGGCAGGCGCUGGCGCAGGUGCCGACUGGGCGCGGGGCAGGGGAGGGCGCUGUGGAGCAGCUGUCGCCCCGAGGCACCGUUGCGAGCCGGCGUGUAGCGCAUAACUGGGCGGCUUGAACGCGCCUGUGGGUCCGUGGUUGAACUUUGUCUCCACGGGAGCGUCGGUCUCGGCUGAAAUAAUGAUGAGUUUUGAGGAUCCGGAUGAGGACCCAGGCAAGUUUAUUACCUGCUGGUGGAAGUGGGAGGAAGAAGAUUCUCUGCGCAGACAGGUCCACAAGAGAGCUCUGGAGACUCAGAGAUCUAUGUUCCAAUCCUGUCUUGGCCACUGUGUGGUCUGAGCAAGCCGUCCUUUCUCUGAGCCUCGGUGGCCUCGUCUCAUCCUGCACAGGGCUGAGCUGAACUGAGAGGGCAGCAGCAGCCCCCAUCCCCUGUUUCUGGCCCCAGCUUCUCCAGUAAAGGCCUGGCUGCAGACACUUUUCCCUGAGCCUUCAGAUGCUCCUGCUGAGGAAUCUGGGGACCUGCAAUUGAUCUCAUUCCAGCUCUGCUCCCAGCUUGUUGGAUGACCGGUUCCUGCCCUGCUAGGCUCUAAAAGGAGGCCAGAACAAGAAACCACAUGACCGCAGUGUGAAAGGUGGACAGACAGGGCAGGGGUGGAGGCACGGAGGCCAGUGAGGAGGCUGGUGCUGUGGACUGCGGAAAACAGGCCUCAGGCUGCAGUGUGGGGACCAUGUGGUGCAUGUCCGAGGAAUUUCACUGGUUGAACUAACAGGACUUGGAGCCCCUUGUGGCAACAGCACUGCCUGCCCAGAAAAAUGCUGGAGGCUAGGCGUGGCCCCAGGCCUGGGGACCUGUUUUUCCUGUUUCCCACAGAGUUCCCUGCAGCCCAGUCCAGGCGUGUGCAUUCAUGAGUGAGGAACCCGAGCUGGCACUGAGCAUCCUGACCUGGAGAGUGGGGGCUGGUCAGGGCGAUGGCGGCAGACCUGGGCCCCUGGAAUGGCACCAUCAAUGGCACCUGGGAUGGGGAUGAGCUGGGCUACAGGUGCCGCUUCAACGAGGACUUCAAGUACGUGCUGCUGCCUGUGUCCUACGGCGUGGUGUGUGUGCUUGGGCUGUGUCUGAACGCCGUGGCGCUCUACAUCUUCUUGUGCCGCCUCAAGACCUGGAAUGCGUCCACCACAUACAUGUUCCACCUGGCUGUGUCUGAUGCACUGUAUGCGGCCUCCCUGCCGCUGCUGGUCUAUUACUACGCCCGCGGCGACCACUGGCCCUUUAGCACCGUGCUCUGCAAGCUGGUGCGCUUCCUCUUCUACACCAAUCUUUACUGCAGCAUCCUCUUCCUCACCUGCAUCAGCGUGCACCGGUGUCUGGGCGUCUUACGCCCUCUGCGCUCCCUGCGCUGGGGCCAGGCCCGCUACGCUCGCCGGGUGGCCGGGGCCGUGUGGGUGUUGGUGCUGGCCUGCCAGGCCCCUGUGCUCUACUUUGUCACCACCAGCGCACGUGGGGGCCGCGUGACCUGCCACGACACCUCGGCGCCCGAUCUCUUCAGCCGCUUCGUGGCCUACAGCUCAGUCAUGCUGGGCCUGCUCUUCGCGGUACCCUUUGCCAUCAUCCUUGUCUGUUACAUGCUCAUGGCUCAGCGGCUGCUAAAGCCGGCCUACGGGACCUCGGGCGGCCUGCCUAGGGCCAAGCGCAAGUCCGUGCGCACCAUCGCCAUAGUGCUGGCGGUCUUCGCCCUCUGCUUCCUGCCCUUCCAUGUCACCCGCACCCUCUACUACUCCUUCCGCUCGCUGGACCUCAGCUGCCACACCCUCAACGCCAUCAACAUGGCCUACAAGAUCACCCGGCCGCUGGCCAGUGCUAACAGUUGCCUUGACCCGGUGCUCUACUUCCUCGCUGGGCAGAGGCUCGUACGCUUUGCCCGAGAUGCCAAGCCACCCACUGACCCCAGCCCUGCCACCCCGGCUCGCCGCAGGCUGGGCCUGCGCAGAUCCGACAGAACUGACAUGCAGAGGAUAGAAGAUGUGUUGGGCAGCAGUGAGGACUCUAGGCGGACAGAGUCCACACCGGCUGGUAGCGAGAACACUAAAGACAUUAGGCUGUAGGAGCAGAACACUUCAGCCUGCGCAGGUUUAUAUUGGGAAGCUGCAGGGACCAGGGCUUGUGCAGAUUGUACGGUCUCCCCAGAUAUGGACCAUCAGUGACUCAUGCUGGAUGACCAAGGAAGCCAUGACCCCAUGCUCCGUCAUUUGACAGGGGCUCAGGAUAUUCGCUCUGUGGUCCAGAGUCAACUGUUCCCAUAACCCCUAGUCACCGUUUGUGUGUAUGAAUUGGGGGAAUUAAGUUUCAAGAAAGGCGAGAGUUAAGGUCAAUGACACCCCUGGCCUGACUCUCACGCAAGUAGCUGGCUGUACUGCCAAGGUACCUAGGUUGGAGUCUAGCCUAAUCAAGUCAAAUGGAGAAACAGGCCCAGAGAGGAAAGUGGCUUACCAAGGUCACAUACCAGAGUCUGUAGCUGAGCUACCUGGGGUGGCGGCCAAGUCACAGGUUGGCCAGAAAACCCUGGUAAGUAAUGAGGGCUGAGUUUGCACAGUGGUCUGGAAUGGACUGGGUGCCACAGUGGACUCAGCUCUAAGGAGUACCCCCAGCCCAAGAGAUGAACAUCUGGGGACUAAUGUCAUAGACCCAUCUGGAGGCUCCCAUGGGCUAGGAGCCAGUGUGAGGCUGUAACUUAUACUAAAGGUUGUGUUGCCUGCUGA